AUGACUCAGACAAGCCCUACGGACAAGACCCAAGGGGUCAUAGAUGUUGAAGCAUUGAAGAAAGAAAUUCGUGAGCAAAUUUUAUCCGAACUGAAGGAACAAAAACAAGAACAAAAGCCAGAGGACCAAAGAGAAAACUUAGUGAAAAACAACUUGCUGGCAUUAGCUGCUGGACAAAAGAACCCAAGACUACUGCGAAAAAAGCUAGAGAAGAAGCUGAAAAGCUAA